UCCAUUGUCCUAAAAUUGAAGUCUCCCUCUUGCCAGUUUCUUUUGUUUCUAGGGCUUCCUUCCAUGGAUUUACAAUUGUUCCUUCUGCCUUUUUUCUUUCUGUCUCUUGUCAAUGCUCAGCUGCGCUUCAACUUCUACAACUCGACAUGUCCAAAUGCCGAAUCCAUUAUAAAAUCUGCGGUCACAAACCGCUCUAACACCGAUCCAUCUAUCACUGCGGCCCUCCUCCGCAUGCAUUUCCACGACUGUUUUGUUAGAGGCUGCGACGCCUCGAUCCUCAUUGACUCAACCACCAAACACAAAUCUGAGAAGGAUGCAGGCGCAAACCAAUCGGUGCGAGGCUUUGAGCUCAUCGACGAGGUCAAGACUGCCCUUGAGAAGGAAUGCUCAAACAUUGUCUCCUGUGCUGACAUCGUCACCAUCGCCACCCGUGAUGCCAUCGCCCUCUCAGGUGGGCCCGCCUAUGCGGUUCCCACAGGACGAAGGGAUGGCCGGACGUCAAACCCUAAUGAAGUCAACCUUCCAGGUCCCACCCUCUCAGUGCUUCAAGCCUUCUCUUUCUUCCAAGCCAAAGGCUUCACUCUCAAAGAGAUGGUCACUCUUUUAGGUGCACACACAGUUGGGGUGGCUCACUGUUUGUUUUUUCGAGAUAGGCUCUUUAAUUUUCGGGGAACUCAAAAACCAGACCCAUCAAUGGACCCAGACUUAGUCUCUAAGCUCCAAAGGCAAUGUGGCAGAAACAACUUGCCAAUUGCUACAGACCCAACUGCUUUUCUUGAUCAAAACACAAAUUCUACAGUGGAUAAUGAGUUCUAUAACCAGGUUUUGAAGGGAAAGGGAAUUUUGCUUAUAGACCAUAACCUUGGGGCUGACAACUCUACAGUGGGGUUUGUGAAGCAAUUUGGGGGAGAUGCAAAUGGGUUUUUGCAGGACUUUAAAGCUGUAAUGGUGAAGAUGGGCAGUUUGAAUGUUUUGGUGGGGAAUGCAGGGGAGAUAAGGAAGAACUGUAGGGUUUUCAAUGCAACCCCUAAACCUAGUAAGGGGAAGUAAGGGAUUGGAAAUCCAGAGAAAGAAAGCGAGGUGCAUUUUGUUUGGCACAAGUACUUUGUUAGGGUGCGUGUUUUGCAGUGAGUUUGUUUGAUUUAGGAUUGUGGGAGUAAGGCCUGCAACUGCAUUUAUUAAUAAUGUAUUUAUCUCAACUAAGUGUUCGGGAUUAUUGUAUUAAUUCACAUUUACCUUAA